AUGGGAACAUGUUAAUAAUGCAAAUCAUAUGUUGAGGUCAACAAUCUCACAAUAAUUGAUUAAAUUAGCAAUGAUUUCAUUGUAGUGUAAGACGAUUAUUAGCAUCCUUUGUAUGGCUAGGUGAAUAUACUUGAAUAUAAAGAACCCAAAAAAUUUGAUUUUAAAUUAGUACAUAAACUUAUUACAUUUGUAGAGAGAGAAGAUUUUCAAUAAGCAUUAUAAUAUUAUGAAGCCAAAUUUUAUGGGUUCAAUCAUCCUAAUCUCUUAAUCAUACAUGGUAUCUCAUCUAUUCAUAAUACCUUAGCAAUGUAAUACAGAUAGAUAGAUCAAUUCUUUAACACAUAAUAUAAAUUGUCGCUCUUUUUGGAUUACUAUGAAACUACUCUAGCUUAAGAAUUAAUCUAUAGAAAAAAAAUUUAUUUCGAAGAAAGUGAAAUCCUAUUCUUUUUGGAUUCACUUAUCGGAAGUUAAGCAUUUCUCUAAUCUAAAGGACAUGCUCUCUCUUCAUUAAUGUUUGAUAAAAUCUAUCUCUCGCAUCUACUUAAUGGAGCAAUUGCAUUAAAAGUAUAAAGUCCUUUAUUUGAUACAAAUGAUCAAGAAAUGGAAUUCAAUAAAUUAUUUGAUAAAAUAAUCAAUAAUGAAUAAAUCAAACUUUAAGACUACCCUUAUCUCAGUCCAGAACAAUGGCAAAUGAUUAAUAAUAAAAAAUUAGAAACAUAUGAUGUUUUUAAAAGCAACGUAUUUGUAUUGGGAUUAGUAAUAUUUUCACAUAUUUUUUUAGAUGACUUUAGAAUUAUGUUCUGUUCGUUAAAGUAUAACUUUGUAUAAAGAUUAUAUGAUAGACCAAAAUCUCUUAAAUGAUUAGAUAAAUAAAGUAAAGGAUCGUUAUGGAGAAGCAUUGCCAUUACUUUUAGAAGCUAUGUUGUAUUACGAUCCUAAAGUGAGAUGCGAUUUUUUAUAGUUAGAUGAUCUUUUAAAUUUGUCACAAUUAUUAAAUGGGAAAAGGUUGUUUCAAAUAUGGACAACAGAAGAUUUUUAAUAUAGUUUUAUAGAAAAGAAGGUAUUUAUAAUAAUUGAACUAUGAGUAGGUUCAUUUUACAACAAAGUAGCAUUCACUAGUUCACCCAGAAGUAUAAUCUUAAUUAUCAAAUUAAUCAUUAUUGUAGAAAGGUUCUCAUUUAUCACUUCGAUAAGUUUUAUCAAAAAAUUCAAAGGAAUCGAAAGCUUCAAGUGUAUAAAUAUUACCUAAUAAUAAAGUCGUUUAUUUAGAAGAAAGAAUCAUAUUCACCUCAAACAUAAAAAAAGAAUUUAUUUAAAAAAUUUGAAACAGAAUAAGCUUCGAAAGGAGGAAGUAAAAAACUUAUAACAUAAGAGGGAUUUGGAGUGGAAUCAUUACCUAAUGGUUUAACAUAUGAAGGUAUAUUUUAGGGUGGUAAAAAGUAAGGAAUGGGUAAAUUAAUAAAUGAUGAUAAUGAAAUUAUUUAUGAAGGAUACUUUUAUGAAAAUUAGUAAAUUAUACAUAAAAUAUAAGAUAAGAUUUCAUCGUACAGGAGUACUUAAAAAUUAAACUCCAUAAGCCUUAUCAAUAUCAUUUAAUUACAAAGACUUUAAUUAAUUAGGUGAUAUGUGGAUGAAAUAUGAUGGUGAUUUUAAGUAAGGAAAAUAAGAUGGAUAUGGUCAAUUAACAUUAACAAAUUAAGAAAUUUAUACAGGAUUAUUUAAAAAUGGGGAAGUACAUGGAGCUGGAGUAUUCUUAACUAAAGAUGGAAAACAAAUUUAAGGAAAGUGGUUAAAUAAUAUAUAUCAAGAAUCAUGA